AGACCUUUGGAAGAGCAGUCUGGAAGAGCAGUCGGGUGCUCUUACCCACUGAGCCAUCUCACCAGCCCAGCUACCAGCCUACAUUUUAAAACCAGUAAAGUAAUCACCAUAGAGUGUUAUAAAAAUCACAAGAGGAAGAAACUUAUUAAAAUGAUUCAUAGGAUCAAUUGAAGCUACAGCAUCUGUAAGACAUUGUAUAACAUCCAUCCCUGUUAUUUUAGGCAGCUUCUUUGAAGACAUUUCUACAAUUUUUUGCUGCAAAUCCUAAAACAUUUGAGAAGAAUUAAGAUGAUCCUACAAAUGCACUUUAACGUUUUCCCAAUCAUAUUUGUUAUCACUGAGUCCUAAAGGUGUAAUACUAUAAGAAACAAUAUUCCAGUCAUAUUUCAAUUUCAUUUGUUCUUUGAAUAAUUCUAAUUGCUCUCCAAUGAGUUUUACAGCUUGUCUCAGCUCACCUAUUUCAUCAAGCAUUUCUCUAUUUAUCUUAUUUUGUUGAAUCAAAGUUCAUGAGACUGCCUAUGCCGGCAUUUAACAAGUUCAGCAGUUUGACCUUCUUCAUGAAGUGGAACUCUAGCUGUAGUAGCUGUAGCAGUUAACGCGAUGAUUCCCAGGGCCACAUAAGUGAUCGAUCCCACUAUCAAUCGAGUUAUUCUUGAUAUUCUUGCAGCAAGUUUCUGUAAUAGUAUCAUCACAGGUGAGUCUUGCUAUGGUCUUGACAACCUCACUGGCAUCCAGACUGCUGGACUUGCUCUGAGAAUAUAUAAACUUCAAAGGAAACAUUCAAAGAGGCACUGGCAUUGGCACAGGUAUGAAGAGCAUCGCAUGUAUAAAUGACGCAAUAAUCACUAUGGCGUCAUUGCACAGGUCCAUUCAGGAACAAGUAAGGUGAUGGCACAAAAGCCGUAAAAGGUAUGAUUUUAAGUUAAAGGACAAAUGAAAUUUUUUUUUUUAUUAAAGUGUAACUUUAUGUUCUCGCUUCAAGUGGAUGAAAAGUGCUUGCCAAUUUCCACAGAUUAGUCUGACUAGAAUUAUCAAAUGGUGAUACAGGGCCUGACAUUCCAACUCCAUGCCACUCACUAAAGUCUCUAGAAGCAGAGACAACUUCCACAGUUUUAUUCAUUGUCACAUCAAUUCUGAGUGAGACUAUCGUCAAGGAUUUGAAGACCCUCAAGCAUAAGGGCUCCGGUGACUUCUCCUUGGGAGAUAAUAACAGGCGUCUCAGGAUUCUCACCUGUGCAGUGAGCACCAUCUUAAUUACGGUAUCAUUUGUACGCACUGUACCCAUCAUACCUGUGUUAGUUAGUAAUCCAGAAUUCACAAGAUGGCUAAUUUGUGGAACUAGUAUGUUAAUCUCUUGUCCCUCCAAUCCAAAUGCACCAAGCAUAGGAAGUUGUCUGUAAGAAUUCUGUGUAGUAGCACGAUCAAUUCUAGAUCUCCAAACGUAGGAAGUUAUACUUAGACAAUACAUUCCAUUAACCAUACAAAUAAGUAUUCCUUUUAUUCCCACAAUAUAAUUUACAAUUUCUUUACCUUCCUCUGCAGGUUGAUCAGAUCCACAGUGGUCAUAAGGACCAGCUGCACAUACUUCUGCUCUUGGGAUGAGAAAUUACUCAGACCAGCUGGUAAAUUUUCCAUGGCCUCUGCCAAAUCCUGGAGACACACUUAUCUCUUUGUAAGUACAACUUCUUUCACCUUCAGUCUUGGAUACAAAUUGGAAGACCUGAAUAGUGAGGAACACUCUCAGCGCUCUAGAAGAUAUGGAAGACAUAAGAUCUGUCACUCUGAAUACAAGCCUUGUGAACUUAAGGGAUAUGGAAAGAAGCAAUGUACCUUUGCAGAUAAAAGGUUUCUUCAAAUAUAUGGAAGAAUCCAUACUGAAGGGAAACCCUAUGAAUGUAAGCAAUGCAGUCAAAUCUUCACAAAUUUCUGUCAUCUUCGAAAACAUGAAAAAAAACAUACUAAAGAAAAACUAUAUGAAUGUAAUCACUGUGGUAAAUCCUUUCCAAGUCGCAAUUCUCUUCAAAUACACAACAGAACUCAUACAGGAGAGAAACCCUAUGAUUGCAACGAGUGUGGUAAAGCAUUUACAUGUAGCAGUAAUCUACUACUACACAAAAGAACUCAUACAGGAGAGAAACCCUAUGAUUGCAGUGACUGUGGUAAAGCGUUUGCAAGUAGCAGUAAUCUUCAGAUUCAUAAAAGAAAGCACACUGGAGAGAAACCCUAUGGAUGUAACCAAUGUGGUAAAGCCUUUGCAUAUAGUAAUGCUCUUCAAAAACAUGAAAGAAGUCAUACUAGAGAGAAAAUCUAUGAGUGUAAUCAAUGUGGUAAAGCCUUUGCACGUCAUAGAAGUCUUCAAAAUCAUGAAGAACAUCAUACUCUUGAAAAACCAUAUGAAUGUAGUCAAUGUGGUAAGGCCUUUGCAUAUAGCAGUAAUCUUUAUAUACACGAAAGAAGUCAUACUGGAGAAAAGCCAUUCAAAUGUACUCAAUGUGGUAAAGCCUUUCCAAGUCACAGUUCUCUUCAAAUACAUGAAAGAACGCAUACAGGAGAGAAACCCUAUGACUGUAAUGAAUGUGGUAAAGCCUUUGCAUGUCGCAGUAAUCUUCUACUACACAAGAGAACUCAUACAGGAGAGAAACCCUAUCAUUGCAUAGAAUGUGGUAAAGCGUUUGCAUGUAGCAGUAGUCUUCAAAAACAUGAAAAAACUCACACUGGAGAGAAACCUUAUGAAUGUAAUCAAUGUGGCAAAGCCUUUGCACGUCGAAGUGAUCUGUAUAUACACGAAAGAAUCCAUACUGGAGAGAAACCAUAUGAGUGUAAUCAAUGUGGAAAAGCGUUUGUACAUUGCAUUAGUCUUCAGAGGCAUGAACGAACUCACACUGGAGAGAAACCUUAUGAAUGUAAUCAAUGCGGUAAAGCCUUUACACGUCGCUUUAGUCUUCAGGUACAUGAAAGAAGUCACAGUGGAGAGAAACCUUAUGAGUGUAAUCAAUGUGGUAAAGCCUUUGCAAGUCGUAGUAGUCUUCGAUAUCAUAGAAAACAUCAUACUGCUAAGAAACCAAAUUAAUCAGUGUGGUGAAGCCUUUCCAUAUUGUAGUCAUCUUUAAAUCCACAAAAGAAAUCAUACUGGAAAGAAACUAUGUGUGUAGUCAAUAUGGACAAGCCUUUAUAUGUCACAGUAACCUUCAUAAUCACAAAAAAAAUGUCAUGGAGAGAAGCCCUACAAAUGUAAUUGAUGCAGUAAGCUUUAGCAUGUAAGUUUAAUAUUGAGACAUAUCAGAGAACUCAUACUGGAGAGAAACGCUGUGAAUGAAAUCAGGUGAUAAUGCUUCUGCAUGUUAUGUCUUCAAAGGCAUGAGGGAAGUCCUACUGGUGUAGGAAUGAAGCCAAUGAAGCCAUGGCCCAUGCCAUGAAACCAGUAAAUGCAGUAAAGCCUUAUACACUAAGCACAUUUGGUGGGAACACUGAGUGAUCCCACUGGGAAUUAUGUAAGAUUAGUAGAAGCAUUUCAUCAUUAAAAUAUUGUCUUUUUUACAAAUUGACAUCCAAGAAUAGAGGAACACAGAAUAAUUUGAAUAGUAAACCUACUUGCAAAUGAAAAUGAUAUUAAUACUGCCAUUAUUUUUAUGGGUUACUUUAUUCCGAGGAAUUAAUACUUGUUCUUAACACUUUCUCAGAAGCACAAAUGAAUGGCAGAGAAGUGUCUCAGUGACUGAAGGUGGUUGCUGCUGAGCCUAAUGACCUGACUUUAUAUGUGAUGUGGAACUCACAUUACUCAUGCAAGUUUUUCUCUGAUUUUUACAGUUGGGCUGUGUCAUAUGCACACACAUAAUGGUACAUAUAUACAAAAGUGUUUUUGACAGGUAAAUAAGGGCCAAUGAUUUCACUCGAUAAUUGAAGGCACUUGCUGGAAAACUGGACUACCUGUGUUUGAUCUCUACAACUCUGCUAGAGGAAAUAGGGCAUAGACACCUGUAAGUUGUCUUCUGACUGCACAUACACAACAUAGCACAGGUGUAUACACACAGACAAAAAUUAUUAUAGAUGAAAUUAAAGAAAAUAACUGAAAUAUUGAGAACAUAAAUGAUUUACCAGUCAUAAUAAAUACAUUCUAGUAUUCCAAGAAGUUUCUGUUUCUCCAAAGAAUGAUGUCUCCUGUUUAAAUCUUACAUUAUCCUUUCUUUCAUUCUCUGAUUUAAAGAUAGGUCAUUUUAAAAACAUCUCAGCUGGGUGUAGUAGUCCAUGCCUGUAAUCUUAGCACUUCGGAGACAGAGUCAGGUGAAUUUUUAUGAGUUUCAGGCUAGUCUGAACUACAUAGUUAGAUCCAGGAUGGCAUAGCUAUGAAGAGAGACCCUGUCUCAAAAAUUUCAAAACAAGAAACAAGAAACAAACAAACAAACAAAAGAAACAAGAAACAAGACCGAAAUACAUCAAUAACAACUAAAAAUACCCCAAAUCGAACAAGCAUAUCUCCUAUUAUGGAUCUUUUAAAAAUAUGAUAUGGAAGUAGUAAGAAUUUUGUAAUUUUUGUUUCUUUAAAAAACACAGUAACAUUAUGGAAAUAUAUUUUUGUUUUAAUCCCAGGUGUGAGUAUAUGGAGCUUCUAUGAUUUGCCUCAUAUGUAAUUUUUCACAGUG